AUGGAGAUAUGGCAGCACCGGUCGGGACCGGUAUUGUUUUUGGCUCAGUUAAUGUUGGGAGUGGGAUUCACGAUAGGUCCAUUAAUCGAUAAGCCAUACCUGACCGGUGAUCUGACCAGCGGUGCCACUGAUGAUAAUCAUGAUAAAAAUAAUGCCUUAAUAGAUGUCCACUACUACUACUAAUCAUGUAUUUCGUGAAACCAUAUGUAAAACCCAAACCGGAAGUUACGAACGAAAAU